UAGGGGUCGGACAGGUUCGGUGCAGCUUCGCGCGGUUCUCAGGGCCUCAGGCUCGGUCCCUCUGACUGACCGUUGAUUGACAACUUCAGUAAAUAGUCCUGUCCCCUGCUCGCGACCUCCGCUUGCUGGAACUGUCGUUCCGCAGGGUUGAACUGAGCGCGGCUGUUUGGUGGACUUCACCCUUCGCCUCUCCUUUUUUCCCUACCUUAGCCUGCGCCACCUUUCUGGGGGCGGAUGACCUGUUUCCUUGCGGGCAAUGACAGAGAUGAUAUUUAUGUUUUGCUUUUAGCUUGUCUGGUUCCGUGGUGGGCUCUUAAGGUUCUGAACAUGAUCCAUUGAGUACCACAGACUCAUAGUUCGUGAGACCGUUAAAUGACUGUGUGACUGUUUAGGAUGAAGAUACAUAGCCGGAGCGAUUUUAGUGCUAUUGUUGAUAUGGUCGUGUAAGAGUACGAAGUUCAACAGAACACGGGAGUGUACCGCAUCCAGUCAUCUCCUAGGUUAGCCGACGAGCUGCAUAUGCCAUCCCUCCCUGAAAUGAUGUUUGGAGACAACGUUCUAAGGAUCCAGCAUGGUUCUGGCUUCGGAAUAGAGUUCAAUGCUACGGAUGCCCUGAGAUGUGUGAACAACUACCAGGGCAUGCUCAAAGUAGCCUGUGCUGAAGAGUGGCAGGAAAGUAGGACGGAGGGUGAACACUCCAAAGAAGUUAUUAAACCAUAUGACUGGACCUAUACAACAGAUUAUAAAGGAACGUUGCUUGGAGAAUCUCUUAAGUUAAAGGUUGUACCUACAACAGAUCAUAUAGAUACAGAAAAAUUGAAAGCCAGAGAGCAGAUUAAAUUUUUUGAAGAAGUUCUCCUGUUUGAAGAUGAAUUACAUGAUCAUGGCGUUUCCAGCCUGAGUGUGAAAAUUAGAGUAAUGCCUUCCAGCUUUUUUCUGCUAUUGCGGUUUUUCCUGAGAAUUGAUGGGGUGCUCAUCAGAAUGAAUGACACAAGGCUUUAUCAUGAGGCUGACAAGACCUACAUGUUACGAGAAUAUACAUCCAGAGAGAGCAAAAUUGCUAAUUUAAUGCAUGUUCCACCUUCCCUCUUCACGGAACCUAAUGAAAUAUCACAAUAUUUACCAAUUAAGGAAGCAGUUUGUGAGAAGCUAGUAUUUCCAGAAAGAAUUGAUCCUAACCCCGUGGACUCAGAAAGUGCGCCCUCAGAAUAAAAUGUGAUACAGCACACUCUCCAUGUGGACCUGACUGGGUACCUUGGCUCUUUGUAGGGUGUUUUUAUUAUGAGAAUUGAUUUCCUUGCUUAUGCGCAGGUUUUCUGUAGCCUUAAAGGAAAAUAAAAGAUUGUUGCAGGCAGGUUCCACCCAACUCCUAUUUAUCCUGUCUGUAUUCAAGUUCCUACUCCAGAGAGAUAUGCGCUCUGGAGCUUAAUUGGAUUCUUAAGUCAUCACAAAUUGUGACCUCAGCAGUGACGUGUCUGUGUCUCAGGAGGGGGACGUAAUCCACAUCCAUCCUGAAGCAUCGUCUUCUACUGUGAAGAGGCUGACUUGUAAAUGCCAUCACUGAGCCCCGAGGCCUGUGACCGUCACAGGAUUCUGACUGCAUGCUGACGUGAUACUCUGGCUCCUGGCUGUGGGCUUUCUGGUGUUUAUUCGCACUUCUGGAGAGUUGUGACAUGUCACCUACAGAAUUAAUCUUGUAUUAUUCAUUAGUUGGAGUUUCUGGGCAACAUAUUGUGUGUGUUUGUACACACUUAUAUUUUUUAAAUCUUUUCAUUUAAAUGUCUUUGUCUCUGAGUAGUGUUAGAUUACUUAUUUUGAUAAUUCAUUGUUAAAUUGUGGAUAAUUAAAAUGAAAUAAUUGACUUUUUUUUUUAAAAAAAAAGAGGUGGGCGGUGGGGAGGAAGAGUGUGCUUCUGAAGAUUGUAUUAGUGUAUUCCUGUGAGGAGUACCAAGGUGUGUCCUUGGCCAUUUCUAAAUAUGACAUAUGCCAUUUUAUAUUUAUUUGUCCAAGUGUCUUUUGUAAGAGGAGAAUAAAUAAUAAGGAAUUAUGUA